AUGUUGUCGCCGAGAUACCGUCUCUUCAUCGCUUUGUAUUCCCGACUGAUUAUCGAAAUUUUUGCUGCUGCAGAUUUCGCCGCCGUCGUGCUCUUCGUUUUGCUUUUGACGCUUCUCUCUGACUAUCUCAUGCCUAUAUUCAUCAACAAGCGGUGAGUGCACUCGACUUUUUCAUUUUCGCCUCUCUUCACUACUGUAGCCAUUUUCCAUGUUUCGUUAUUGCGAGGUUUUCGUUUGUAAGAGACGUCUCGAGGAUGGACAAUUUGCCGGAAAUGCUCGGUUCCCAUUAAAAGAACAUAAAAGCUUGAGACAACAAUUUCAGAGCAGUUUGGAAGGUUUUGGGCUUUAAUAUGCGUCAUCCCAUACGAUGAGUUUCGCUCUUCUUGUUAGUACACGUUUAAAAGAGUUGAAUAUGGUUGAAAGCUUUGAAAAACACGCCAGGUAGGGCCUUUUUUCAAAAGUAAUAGAAAAACGCCGUUCCGUCUUUGAAAAAAAAAGGCUUCUGCGAGACUCUUCCCCUGGCACUUUGCCCUUAAUCGCAUUAAUUUGAAAUUUUCAAAAGUUUUUUAAAUCUAACAUGAGCAAUUUUCUUCCAACAGUCGAUCCACAAAUCACUCAAUGCACGAAUAUGAUUUUUCUUCAUCUUCGCGCGAAUGUUUAUUAUUGCGUUACAUUUUUUUUUCUUGUUUUCGGAAUUUUGAGUAGCGGACGCAGAAAUAUUGUGGCAGUCGGGUGUCGAGGCGUUUCCGACUGAAUGCCUCUGGUCCUCUCAAAGAUUUGUCGUAAAUUCGAAAUAAAUGGAAAGUAUGUGGGCUGGAAGUAUGAAAAUUUUUUCCACUCGAAAAUUUCUCUUAAGUUUGGUUCUUGAUAGGAGUGAAAUGGAGAGCCUCUUCCUUUUCAUCAUUUUGUUCCAUUUUCAAUGGAAAGAGUUUUGGCAACAGAGAAAUUUGAAUUUCGCUUUUUUUUUUCAACAAUAGCGAAAAAAGGCAUUCAUUGUUAUUUUCCAAAGACAUAAAACGGGUUACUUUUCAUGAAUUGUGGCUUUUCAUGAAAAUCAAUGUUUCGCCUUUGUUCAAUCGACGAAUUUGAAUGUUGGCACAUUAACAUAUCCAUAAAUUUGCAUUCAAAAGAUCAAGUUCUAUUUGAGGAAAUUGGAAAAAAAUAAAUCAAUCGUACAGGAAAAAUGCUUUUCGGAAAAAAAAAGGAAAGCAAUGUUUGUUAAGAAGAACGUUUAUGAUGACUUGAAAGGUCUCCAAAAGAAGAUUUUGAGACAAUUAUUUGUCGAAACUUGUUCAAUAAUCAGGCUUGCAGGUCUGAUGGGGCGCCGAUGAACGGUCUGACGCGUCGGAAGCAGUGGAAGUCGCGUCCCUGGGCCAGCAUCGCAGCGCCGCUCCGAGAAGAAUGGUAUUACAGCUUUUUCAUGUGCAAAUAA